AGUUUCAGAAAAUUUCUUCUCUUCAGGGUCUCAGGUUAUAGGUGGUUGGAUUUACUUUUUAAUCUAGCCAACACCUUUGUGGCCCUUUGAUAUGCCAUUCAUCGAUAUAAUGUGAAGCAGAAUUCUAACAAAAAACCAGAACACUAACAAAAAACUAUGGGGGAACGCCAAAUCCAAACUACUCAACAGGCACAAGGUUCGGUGUCGGCCAGAAGUUUGGCCCCACAUGUAUAAGCCUCUUCAGGUCCAACCAUCACCUCCUCAGGUAUCAGCACCAGACUCCAGAUCGUACACUUGCAACACCCACCUCUCCAUGGACAGAGGCACACCUUGAGGGUGCCCCAUCUUCUGAGCAGUUUUAGACUGCCUCUUCUUCACCUGCUUCGUCAUCCUGUUAGCAUUUUUGGUCUUGUUGCCACCAUCCUCAAGUUUGAGGUCAAAAGCUCCUCCUUGUCGGCUGGGCACAGAAUUUGCCACUUCUGUGCCAGCCUCACAAUCCUCAUCAGCAAGUGCUCCAUAUUCUGCCAAGUAAUUUUCUGAAAACAAAAAUCAGUCCUUAGUUUCCAAAUCCCCCAAAGAGCGGCUGAACUAAAAACAUUAACUGCAGUAAAUCUCUUAUUGCUAAUAAGCCAACAUGAACCGAUGGAUUCAAAGGACACUCCUAUAUCCAAGCCUAGAGCCUGGGAGAUUCUACCCCACAUUACUUUUGCUACUACACAGUCAAAAAAUAAAUGUUGGCUAGUUUCAUUCUCUAUGCAGAACAUCAUUGAGCUAUCUUCUACUUUUUGCCUUUUAGUCAGGUUAUCCCUAGUUAACACUUUGUUUUUGGACAGGCGCCACAGGAAAAAAAAAAUGAACCCUUGGACGAAUUUUUAAAGCACAAUUACUAGGCAUACAAAAAAGGUAAAACACCUCUAAAAUUGGUAAUCUUGUAUAGAGUUUGGGAAGAGUAAACCCCGUUAGAACCAACUGCCAGGUCAUGGCAUCUUCCUCAUCAUUCAAGGAUAUAGUGGAGGCUAGUUGAACCACAUCCAACCAUAGCCUCCCUAAUCUCGCAUCCACCAUCCUUCUAAAAGUGCAUUUCAGGUUCUCUCCAUCCCACAAGCUUGCUAACCUGUUUUUUCAUUAACAAUGGUAUAUAAUCCCAAUGCUGGAUAGCUAGAUUAGAAGGACCUAACCAAUUAUUUUCCCAGAAUUUGACUUUUCUACCAUUACCUAUCUUCCAUUUGAAACCAAAUUUUGCUACCCACAUCAAGCCUCUGAAGUUAUGGAUUCUGAAACUAUUUGGUCAAACAGAUUAUAGAUGGCAUUUUACUCAAGAAGAGUUCAUGAUAAGGUUAAAUAUGUAGUUCAAUCCUAUAGGCAGCUGCAAUAGCACUAUAGCAGACAUUGUUGAAACCUCCACUGACGCCACUGUUGAUGUUCAAUUCAGAUCAAACACUUCACUCACACCACUACCUAUUCGUAUUAUAGAACCCAAUAUUACUGAGUACUCCAGAACUCCCAAAAUUCAUUGGUAACUAUAUAUUCCGAAGUGAAUCAAGGAGCCAGUUAGCAAACUAUUCAUUGAUACAGUACUCCCAUCAAUAUGUUUUAUUCCCAAUUGUGCACUUUUAAAUUCCUAAUGCUGGCAAGCUACAUCUAAAUCCCAGCGACUCAUUUGUACUGCACACAAAUAGCUCGGUUGGAUUGAACGCCAGAAACUAAAAUGUUGUAGCCUCUUUACCUCCGCUCUCGGACGGAGAGGAUCUGCUACAACCUACUCUGCUGCCAGUGGACUGCUAGAAACGCGGCGGCGCAUGGCAACGGCCGAUGAUGAAUAAGAGUGGUAGGCUAACCUUAGUAAAAGCUAACCUCUCGGCCAUCCCCAUCUACCUCAGCCAUUGCAUGGCAAGGGCCGAUGAUGAAUAAGAGUGGUAGGCUAACCUUGGUCAAAGCUAACCUCUCGGCCAUCCCCAUCUACCUCAUCAUGGCUGACAAGCUCCCACCCUGGGUGAUCAAGAAGCUGGACAGUAUCCACAGGAAUUUUCUUUGGAAUGGCACAGACAGAGCAGUGAGGGGAAAAAUGCAGUUGCCUGGCCAACUGUUUGCCGUCCGACAAUAGAGGGCGGACUCAGUGUCAUCGACUUCAAACUGGCCAGCUUCGCUCUGAGGGCAAGGUGGCUGUGGCUUCAACGCACAGACAUGGACCGCUCAUGGUCAGCACUGCAAAUAAGAAUCGAACCUGAGGUACAUGCUCUAUACAAUGCUUCAGUCACGGUGCAAGUAGGCAAUGGAGAAAGAACAAUGUUUUGGACAGAUAACUGGAUUGAUGGACGCUCUGUCAGGAUGCUAGCCCCUAACCUACUGUCCGUGAUUCCAAAACGAGCACUGAAAACAAGAACUGUUGCGCAAGGCAUGGAUGGACGCAGGUGGAUAAGGGACAUUCAGGGAGGACUAUCGAUCCCAGUGCUCAUGGAAUGCAUCCAGCUAUGGGACACUCUGUCGAGUUGGCACCUUGCUCCAGAGGUUUCCGGACACAUUCCGAUGGAAGUGGACAGCGGAUGGAUCUUGCACAGUAAAAUCUGCUUACACCACGAUGCACAAGGGAAGCACGCAGCUGCAAGGAGCAAGACGCAUAUGGAAGAAUUGGGCACCUCCCAAAGUCAAGUUCUUCACAUGGCUUGUGUCCCGCGGGAGGAUCUGGACUGCAGAUCGAAGGCGACGACACGGACUGGAUGCCCAUGAUAGCUGCUGGAUGUGCGAUCAAGAGCCGGAAACGUGCGAUCACCUCUUGGCCAAAUUGCAGCUACGCCAAGGAAAUUUGGUGGAACGCGCUCAGCUGGAUGAAUUGCGUUUGUGUUUUCCCAGCGAAUCAGAGCACUUUGCAGGACUGGUGGGAGAGCUCCAGAAGAUUACAAACCAAGGAACGACGAAAGGGUUUCGACACGCUCUUCAUGCUGGUCAUCUGGUUGCUGUGGAAGGAGCGGGACAGCCGGCUGUUUGAUCAAGUCUCCUCCCCCGUGCGAGUGGUUACGGAGCGCAUCAAGCAAGAGAUCCAUCUUUGAUUGAGGCGGGGGCCGCAAAGCUAGGUUGUUUAAGACAUGAGUACUAGUACGCUAGUUAGCACUCGAUAGGCCGAUGUUCCUCAGUAGACACCUCUACUGCUCUUGUGGAGGCAAUGCCCCACUCGUGGAUAAAAUGAUGCGCAGCUCUCCUACAUAUUUGAGAAAAAAAACACAGCAGCGGAGUUGGAGACGCAGCCACUGGUCAAGAACGACGAGAUUGCGGGCCGUAGAGCAGCGUGGAGGGCGCAGAGGAGUUCCGGAGCUCGCCCAACUAGAUUGCGGUGGAACCCUGUCAGCGACCACACCGUACCGUAGGAUUCUUAGCGCCGCCGAGAGCCACACCGCCAUGCAUGGGAGCGAGCGAGGAGAGUAGUAAGCGAAAAUAGGGACUAAUUUGCAAAUUAAAGGGUUUCUUACAAAUUUUCAUAAAACCCUCUAUUUUGAAUCACGACUACCACUUGCGAUCCACAGGUUUUGUGUAAAUACAAGAGUUGCAGGUUUUGCGAUCGAAUUAGGGACCCUUCUGCAAAAUACAGCAUCGCUCCCCUCCCGACCUGCUGCAGUGCUGCCCCUCCGGCCCGCGGCUGCCCUUCUCCUCAAGGCGGCGGCGCGCUUGUGUGGGGGGAGGGAGGGGGUGGGGAAGAGUUGUGUAGCCAUGGCGUGGGAGGAGGAGGCCGUGGAAGAGGAGGAAUACGGGGAGGAGAUGGCAGCGUCGGAGUCGGAGGCGGAGGACGUCGUGGUGGGACAGAUGCCGACGGUGAUGGUGCCGAAGCACAUCAAGAAGCGUUCCCUCAAGAACAAGGCACUCUCCGUCACCCUUGACAAGAAAGCCCUCAGGGAUUUCGUGACUGGGUUCCACAAGAGGAAGAAGAAGAGGAGAAAGGAAGCGCAGAAGGUCUUGCAGGAAAAGGAGAGGAAGAAGAGAAUCGAAGGACGCAAGAGGAGAAAACAAGAGAAAGAGAUUGCUCUAUAUGGUAGAGUACUGUCAUCGGCUGAUGCUGAAUUAGAAAAUGAAGAUAUUGGCGAUGGUGGUGAGGAGAUGGAAAAUGAUGAAUCUUUGUCUGAAAUAAAAACAUAUGAAGAUGAUGCGACUAGAAUUAUAGUGACCACUAGUGAAAUUACUUGUGAAGAUGAUGACAUUGGACCCAGAACUGUUGGCCCUGUGUCAGCAGGCUACACCAACAAGAAUCCCAGCUCGGUGGCCAAGAAGAACUCCAGCUUAGGCGUGAAGAAGAAGCCACAGAAGAGAACGUUCAGGAACAAGAGCAAGGCAAAAAAGGGUGACAAGAAGCGGGGCGCAGUAAAGGGUAAAAGGAAGGGCAAAGGGCGGAAGUAGUGUUUUCAGUCUGUAGAGAAGAAUCCUAUGGCUAACUGGGCUGUGGGUAACCUCAUGUAAGACAUGACUUGAUCUGCACUUGUUUGUUGGUCAUCCAUACUGGGCUCAGUGGGCUGAUAUCCUGAUAUGCUAAGCUUCGAGUUGUGCUGCUGAGGGGUUGAGUUGUGCUGCAUUUCGGCUGUCAAUCUCAGGGUUCAUGAAAGAACUGAUUUAAUCCUAGUUGAGAUAAUUUUAGUGACAGUUUUUGGCCCUUUGGGCUACUCUUUCC